AUGCCUUUCUCCUUUACGUUGACUCUCAUUUCUCGUUACCACUCGUUUGCAGGCACUCACGUGAUGGAGGGCAGUGGCAAGAUGGUGGUCACGGCGGUUGGUGUCAAUUCGCAGGCCGGCAUUAUAUUCACCCUGCUGGGGGCGACUGAGGGAGAAGACAUGCAAAGUAGUGCCGGACAAGCUGGGACUGCAGUCCAGAAGAAGAUAAAGAGCAAGAGCAAAAAGAGACUCACACUCAAUCAGGACAAGGUCAUCCUAAACGAGGACUUUGGGCCUCCAGGUGAGUUGGUUGGAGCGGCAUAA